AUGGCUGUUAAUAAUUCUUUGUUUGAAAGUGAGUCACCUCUGCCAUUUAAUCACCUGGAUGAUACCGCCUUUAAUGCAGUAUUGUAUGAGUUUGAACAUGGUCCAUUAAAUUUUGACUUAGAUCGUUUAGAAUCUUUAAUAUUCAAUCCAAUUGAAUAUCUGCCUUCUACUUUCGAGAACUCAUUUAUAACUAAUCUUGACCCAGAUUUAAACUUUAACGAACUAAUGCCAUCUAAUAGUAGGUACAUGAUUGAAAGUGAAGUUAAUGAACUUGUAACGGAUAAACCAUGUAAUUCGGGAAUGUCUUUUUUGCAUAUAAAUUGUCGAAGUCUCAUUGGUAAUUUUGAUAGGUUUAGAGUUUUAACCACAAAUUUGCUCGACUCAUUUUCUGUAAUUGGAGUAUCUGAAACCUGGCUAAACGAUGAUACUUUUAAUAUGGUAAAUCUGCCUGGUUAUAACUUCAUUAGUAAUCAUCGCCGAGGUAAAACAGGCGGUGGUGUAGGUCUUUAUCUAGGUGAUUAUUUUCAGUACAAAUUAAUUCAAGACUGUAAUAUUUCUAAUCCUGAAGUAAUUGAGUCUCUGUUUGUUGAAAUUUCAAACCCUCUUGGGAAAAACAUUAUUGUAGGAACUGUUUACCGCCCACCCAACCAAAACCUUGUCUCAUUUAUCGAAGACUUUAAUAAAAUCCUUUCUAUUAUUUCCAAAGACAACAAGCAAUGCUACAUAAUGGGAGAUUUUAAUUUGGACUUACUUCAUUGUGAUCAUCAUGCGUAUACACAAGAAUUUAUAGACUCAUUAUUUUCACAUAUGUUUAUUCCUCUUAUUAAUAAGCCAACGCGGCUAACUUCUCAUUCAGCAACACUAAUUGAUAACAUAUUUACGAAUUGUUUUACACAAAAUAUUGUAAAUGGAAUUAUUCUGAACGACUUGUCGGACCACCUGCCUGUGUUUGCAUUAUCUAGUACUAAAUUUGAGAAACCAAAUAAUGAAACCACUUAUUAUACUCGGGAUUACAAUGAUUUAAAUAUUAUCAAGUUUCAAACUAAAUUAUCACAGGUCGAAUGGACUCGGGUUUUGAUAGGGCAGGAUCCAAAUAG